UAUGAAAUUUCAAAAGCUUCCCCUUCAGAAAUUAUUUUCCCCACUUCCUAAUUAGCAAUUUGAACAGAAAGAAACCCUACUCUCUCUCCCUCUCUGAGAAAAUGUAUUCGUUUCCUCAACCUGGUUCAGUCACCAUCUGUGAAAUCAACAGAGACUUCAUUACGGCCGAGAACCUCUCAGACGAUCGAGCUAAGGAAACUUACGCCAAAGUUCUCGGAAUUGUAUUCAGUGCGGUUUCUUUUCGGACCGAUCAUCUAUUACCAUCACCGAAUCCGGAACAGGGUUCGGAACAACUAGGAAGAAUUGAUGAGAGUGUUCAGAGGAACAGCUGGUCAGCAGCACUACAGGGGAUUUUUAUCAAUUCCCUCAAACUCCUUUUUCAUCCGAAUGAUGUACAAGGCUAGAAGAUCGUUCGGGACUUGAAGUCUUUUACUUAGUUGGCCACGGGGCCCUUUUUAUUGUUGACUGAGUGCCAUGUAUUGUAUAAGGGUAAAUCCCUUUUGUUUCUAUUUAUUGUUAUUCAAUGUAAGCCUAAGGGUAUUAUACCAUGUCUUAUUUAUAUCAUCAUCAUUGUCGCGAGGGAAUGCUAUUA